CUCCAAAUACACAGCAGGCGUCGUCAGGGUAGGGAUGGAACUCACGACCUCCUGUAUACCAGGCAAGGUUGUUAACAUCUCGCUAUCUUGUGAGCCCUCUAGCUUUAUUUCAAAAUCUGAAUAUUGAUGUAUCCUGGAGGAAUCCGAUGAGCUAUAAAGCGCUUCUCACUGAUGUCCAGUAGGGUCGGGUAAGAACGUUACAACAGGAAACAAUGCUCAAAGGUACGAGAAAGAUGAACUAAUCACCCAAACACUUACAAAUACAACACUAAACCCCCCAUCCUACCAGGCAAAGUCCACUGAGGUAGUAACUUUUCAAAGCGACCUGGCACUAAUGAAAGCUCAACAAAGUGGCUUAUCAUUUGGACAUUUAUAGCAGCAGAAUAAUCUAAGUCUAUAAACGCAUGUUUCUAAGUGUGGAGGGGAAAAAACCAGAGGGCCCGGAGAAAAAUAAAUCUACGCGACCAUGGCGAGAAUAUGCAAACUCUAAAUAUAUACAACACAGGGGUCGGGGUCGAACCCACGUGGGUUGUUGUUCCAAUGAAUGUGUCAUCAGCAGUUAAAUCUUGAGAUGGUUAACAUUGUCUCCAUGUUUGUUUAUGAUGCCUUUGUUUGGGGAAGACUUCUCCUUGUCAGACUCCCCGGUCUCUGUGUGCUGGCUGGAUGGGAUUCCUCGUCUCAAACUUUGAUCAACGAAUGUGUGUGGUCUUCAUUCUCAAUCAAAUUAACUUGCCUUCAUCUGCACCAUGAAUGUAUGCUGCUGCGAUUUUUCGGCGAUCGAAACGUUGUGAUCUAUUAUUUUUUCUACCGACGAGACUUUACCGAAAGAGCCAAAGACUAUGGAUUCCUGCAGUCACGAACGCUUCAAAUCAAGAUAGAGGUUGGGUUGUAUGUUUCUUGCAUUCUGAACUGUUUGAAGAUAACACUGUUUUCAUUUGCAUAAACUCUGUAUACAAUCUCUACUCUGUAUUUGGGUAGGCCUUUUCUCUCUUACCCCCUUUAUCACUUUAAACAGAUAAUAUAUUCUCUGUCUUCAUUUUAGGAAAGCCAUUUUUCCAACCCACAGCUGUUUAUAGUCCCAAUUGUGUAGCACAGUUUAAAUAUAAAAAUAACUUAACUUCUCUGUUUCCAUUGAUUUAAAAAAUAUAUUAUUUUGUGAAAUUUCCCCUCUACUUUUCUCAUUUCCUUCUCAUGCUCAACAAGAUGAAUGCUAAUUGCUGGUCUCUUCAUCACUAUACAGUCAGAGACUGGUGUCUAGAUUCAAAGUUACCUCCUUUGCUUGACAAAAAAAUUGUGUGAAAAUAACAUUGCAUUUUCUAUGACUCUCUAGGAAGUGGUCUUCUAACUCGAAAUAUAAUGUUAUAGCAUGUAUUCUGUACGUACAUAUUGCCAUCAUUUGUAAUGUAGCGAGUGAAGAAGCGUUGACGGUGGCAUGCACACACCGGCUUCCAACCCGGGGUACCUGAGUUAUAUUCCUGGCAGCAGCCGACAUCAGUGGCAAGUAAUAACUGAACCAGGCCAGGGCCCUCCUGCUUUUACCAACCCGCACUGAUGACCUCGUGGUUAAGUACAGACCUCGUAAUUUGUAUGAUAUGGGGAGGUUAUCAUCCAACAGUUGAUUGACCAAGGGCUGUAAAAUAUAAUUGUUACAGUUCUUGUCAUGAAACAUGCAGUAACAAGAUAUGGGUAAUAUUGCUAGUUGUGAUAACAAAAGUAAGGGGUGGGUUGUUUGCAUUUUGUCAUGGCAUAUCGGUACAGUAAUACAAACAUUUUAAACACAGGGAGGUGGACAAACGGUCAAAAUGAAUUCGUGAAACAAUAUUUACAAAACGAAUAGAGAUUUUUUUUUACGUUGUGCCCACAGAAGAGAUUUUUUUUGGCUAUUCAGCUAAUGCACACAUCUUGUGUUGUGUUACUUGGGUAUCAAAGUUUUAGUUUUAUAUAUUUGCGUGAAUUUGUCUUAAGGGGAAAUCUACUGCAACCCAAUUUGGCACAUAUUUUUGUGUCUGGCUGUCCAUGGGUGGGGUGUGAUGUGAGGUGUACAGUAAGGUUUUACCGUGUUGCUGAAAAAGCACCUUAAUUUGCACAGUACAAUGUCACGCAAACAUAACCAUAGCGAUGUUCAAUCAAUUUCUGGAUGAAGCCCUCUCCAAGCCAUCAAUAUCUCUCAUGAACAUAAGCUGAUCUUGUUUAUUCAUCUCCAUGGUAGAUACAAUAUACUCUUGGGACUGGCUCUCCCUUGACUGCCAGUCCAUGGUUGUUCUCGACCAUCAUCCUCGACAUUUGCAAACAUCUGCAUAUGUUAUCUGUUUCAGCACCUCCAUUUCACCAUGCCUUGCUUCGGCAAUAUUUAAUUAUGAGUAUGAAAAAUGCAUGUAUUUCCAAUUUUCGUGUAUGGGUAAAGGACGCAUUUGAGUCAGGGCCGACCACGUGUUUUCGUGGGGAAGUAUUUCUGUGCUCUUAAAUAUUUUUUUUUGCAAAAAGAUAAUGGUCACAAUGCAAAUCUGACUGCUGUGUAGACUACAAUAACAUCCGACAUUUGUAUCAUUUAAACUGAGGUUGCAACUCGGUUACAUUUUAUUUAGUACUGUUAACAUACAGAAUGUUGCUAAGUCUGUGUAGAAAGUGUGUUUUUGUUGCUGUAUUCCGCAGGAUUAUCAGAACAAUCAUUUCAGAGUUUUCACAAUUCCUGAAAUUUGACACUGGUAGACAUAAACCAUCAGAAAUAAUCUAAAAUUUGCCUACAAGUCUUGCUUUCAUAUGUUUAUGUUUAAAACAACUGCAUUUAUUUAACAUUUUUCAUGCCAUCAUAAAUAGGGAACUUUGCAAUGUUAUUUUCAGAACUAAAAAAGAAUGGGGAGAUAGUCGACUAGAUUACAGUACUUUCAUCAACACAACUUUAGUGGGCCUGCUUUACAAGUCAAUUGUGUGGACAAUUCCACUCUUUGAUACUGUAAAUCCCCAAUAUUGAAGUUGCACAUACAAUUCACAGUGACGGAACCACGUUUGAAUUUGCUUUCACACUUGACAGCGACAUACAAUGUCUGUUGAUUUUUUUUGUCGGGUAGGAUGGACGCAGACAAGGUGUUGCCAAGUGUCCAUAUCAACAGCAGCAAGGAGGACACUGACCACAGGAAGAAGCGCUUCACAGUGUACAAAAUGAUGGUGUGCAAUGGAGGACAGUCCUGGUUUGUGUUCAGGCGCUAUGCAGAAUUUGACAAACUCUACAACACUUUAAAGAAACAGUGUCCAAAUAUGACAUUGAAAAUUCCUGCGAAGAGGAUUUUUGGCAAUAAUUUUGAUCCAGACUUCAUCAAGCAGCGUCGAGAGGGGCUCGAAGAAUUCAUUCAGAAGUUAAUGAGCACUCCAGAGCUUUGCCAGACCACAGAUGUCCAAGACUUCCUUAAAAUGGACAACCCCCGAAAUAAGCCAGACUUUCACGACGUUGGCAUUCACAGUGACAUGAACAAUGGCUCUGAAGAAAUCAACCUCGGCCCUUCUGGAGACCCGCUGGCCAAACCUUCGGACUUUAAUUUCCUGAAUGUCCUUGGCAAAGGGAGCUUUGGCAAGGUGCUGCUUGCAAGGCACAAAGUCGAUGAGAAAUUCUACGCUGUCAAAGUGCUACAGAAGUCUGUUAUAUUACAAAAGAACGAGCAAAGGCACGUGAUGGCUGAGAGGAACGUACUCCUGAAGAACUGCAACCACCCUUUUCUGGUGGCGCUCCACUACUCCUUCCAGACGAAUGACAAGCUCUACUUCGUGCUGGACUAUGUGAACGGCGGGGAGCUCUUUUUCCACCUGCAACGGGAGCGCACGUUCCCCGAACAUCGUGCUCGCUUCUACGCAGCCGAGAUCGCCAGCGCCAUCGGUUACCUGCAUUGCCUCAACAUCAUCUACAGGGACCUGAAACCUGAAAACAUUCUGCUAGAUUCUGAGGGGCACAUCAAACUAACAGACUUUGGGCUUUGCAAAGAAGGCAUGGAGUCAACGGAGACCACGACCACAUUCUGCGGCACUCCGGAGUAUCUGGCCCCAGAAAUACUGCGCAAGGAGCCGUACGACAGAACCGUUGACUGGUGGUGCCUAGGGUCCGUCCUCUAUGAGAUGCUGUUUGGCUUGCCUCCGUUUUACUGCCGCGACGUGCCAACGAUGUAUGACGAUAUCCUGCACAAGCCACUGCUGCUGAGGCACGGCAGCCCCGCCGCGCACAACAUCCUGGAGGGGCUGCUCCAGAAGGAAAAGCGUUACCGCCUGGGCUCACACAAUGACUUUAAGGAUAUUAAGGAGCACGUUUUUUUCAUCUCCAUCGACUGGCUGAAACUGGAUGCGAAAAAAGUGGUGCCACCCUUCAACCCAAAAGUGGAUGGGCCCGAUGACCUGCGUCACUUUGACCCGGAGUUCACGGAGGAGUGCGUCACGGCUUCCAUCAGCCAGCCCGUGCGCGUGAGCGUCAAUGUGAUCGAGGCAGACGAUGCCUUCCUGGGCUUCUCAUACGUGCCACCCUCUAACUCCUUCCUGUAGCCCCCGCCUCCCCCCCAUCCGCCCCCUUGCGCAUAUCCAAGAUCUGAUCCGGCCCCUGGAACAUGGACGCUGUUUCAAUAGCGAUGUUACAAAAAGGCUGCCACAUAAUCCCUGUUUACGUGUCAGUAUUUUUUUUAUUACACCAAAAUCUCACUGCACUGAGGAAGAUGAAACCAUGACACGCACCCUUGUAUUUUUUGUUUAUAUCUCAAAUGUUGUGUUGAUAAAGGCAAAGGGAGGUUAAGACUGCCAAUUAAGGGAACUUCCCAAAUGAAUGCUCAUUGUGAUAUGCCCCUCUAUCAUCACGGCCCUGCACUGGGUUAUUAAAGUGCUUCUAAGGCUCGUAAAAAAAAAUCAUGGGCAGAUGCAUAGGAUGUGCGUGCUUAGCGAGUGGGAUUUUCAGCUUGAGCGUGUCUGACUGCGGGGUUCAGAUGUAACCUGCACCUGUCGUCUAAAUGCACAAUGUGAGGGGGAACGGUCGAGUGUUCACUCAGAAGUCCUGUGCGGCGUUGGCGUUUUUUGCAAAGCAGUGCUUUGUCAAAGUUUAUUAAUGAUCACAUGUUUCAACUAUUUUGGUUGGUAAUGUGUAGAUUGUUGAACAACUUUCAUGUGUGGGUCAUGCAGAUAAUGCUAUAUAAGCCUUUUUGGGGUCCUCUGGUUGAGCACCAAUUGGGUCGAGGCUCAAAAGAAGGCUGUCCCUUGGUGUGCACCUAUCCGUUUCAAGGACAAUGAAUAUAUUAUAGUAUGUUUUUUGUUUGCAUUUUGACUACAAGUAUUGUGGUUAAUGCAGACAUGAAUCCUUGUAAAAAGUUUUGUUGCCAGAAAAAAGGGGAAAAACCCUAUUAUUACAAGUUGUAUUUGAUUCGCUUUGCAAACUUAUUCCAAAUAUACUGUAUUAACGUUAAAGUUUCAUGUGAUGUUACCAUGUAAGAUAUUUGAAAGGUUUACCAGCAGUUUAAGCAUUUUCAGUUUUUGACGAUUGGAAUGUAAUAUAUUUCUCCUUUUCGAGGGUUUGAUUUUUUUUGUAAAGCAUUAUAUAGUGCAGCCUACACAAAUAAGGUAAGACUCAAUCUAUUCCAUUGUAGAAUUUCUUACAUUCUGUACCACAAUUGGCAUACAAUUUUAAAAAUAUUACGCAUUUAUAUUGAAUGUAAAUAAAACAGUAAAGUUACUUUUUUUAAUAAAUGUAGGGUACGUUCAAUAUUGUUUUAUUGGUUGACGAUCUUAUAAUAUUCCUGCUAUGCUUCAUGGUUUUUUUCCUUCAAAAUAUUCUGAUUUAUAGUGGCCAAAAUGUUUUGAUUAAUUUCACUUUUCCAAUUAACAGGGAGAGAUUAUUGAUAUUUUCUUGGUCUUAGUUUGUCGUAUCGUACUAAUGUAUAUUUAAUGCUGAAGCUCAUUAUGCCGAGAAUUAUGAUUGAAUCCCAAACGUUGGAGCGAAUAUCUGACAAUCACUGUAUCAUAAAUGCAUGAUAAUUUUAGGCUUUGAAAAGGGUGAUUUGUGGAAUUACAGUAAAAAAAAAUUGUAUCCAUUUAUGUAUACUAUGUGAUGAUUUUAAAUUCUGUAUGGUUCUUUUGACGGGAAGAGUUUUGUUAUUUUUUCACAUUUAGAUGGUUUAAACAAAAUACUGUUUAAAAUGGGAACGGAAUACUGUACGGUUCUACAAGUGGAAAAAUAUUACGCAUUAAUGUGCCUUUCACACAUUUCAAGCUGGCAAAGCCCCAUUAUUUGGGGAAACAGCAGUUUUUUUCUGAAUGUUUACUAAAAACAAGCAUUUAAUAAACUCAAAGAAUCAGC